AUGGCCGAGGCACAGCUGCACGACUUCCCCUCGCUCUUCUCCCUCGACGGCCAAGUCGCCGUCGUAACCGGCGGCUCGCGCGGCCUGGGCCUGAGCGCCGCCUCCGCCCUCCUCCAAGCAGGCGCCGCCACGGUCUUCAUCUCGUCGCGCAAGCGCCAGGCCUGCGAGGCCGCUUGCGCGGCGCUCAACGCGCUGCCCGGCCUCCGCCCGGGCGCGCGCGCCGUCUCCGUGCCCGCCGACUGUUCCACGCUGGCUGGCGUGCGGGACCUGGUAGCGCAGGUCUCGGCGCAGACGGCGCACGUGGACGUGCUGCUGGCCAACGCGGGCGCGACGUGGGGCGAGGCGUUCGACACGCACCCGGACGCCGCCUUCGCCAAGGUGCUGGACCUCAACGUGCGCGGCGUGUUCAACCUCGUGCGCGAGUUCAUGCCGCUGCUGCAGAAGCGGGCGAGCACGGAGGACCCGAGCAGGGUCGUCAUCACUGCCAGCGUCGCCGGGCUGGGCAUCGGCACGCUGGGCAAGCAGGGCACGUACGGCUACAGCGCCAGCAAGGCGGCCGUCAUCCAUCUGGGGCGGAACCUGGCCGUGGAGUUGGGGCCCCGGGGCGUGACGGUGAAUAGCAUCUGCCCGGGCUUCUUUCCGAGCAAGAUGAGCAAUGGGUUGUUGGAGAUCGCGGGCGGGGCGGAGUCGAUGGGGAAGGCGAAUCCGUUGCGCAGGUUGGGCCGGCCGGAGGAUAUUGCCGGCGUGGUGGUCUACUUGACGAGUCGGGCCGGCGCCUAUGUGAACGGGGCGGCCAUCGAGAUCGAUGGAGGCGCGUUGUGGCAGAGGGGGCAGUUGAAUGUGAGCAAGUUGUAG